AUGGAGGCAUCAAUGCCUUUGAACAGCCCCAUGUUCCUCACUCUCCACAGGGCGUCUUUCCCACUGGGCAGCAGGUCCGAGCUCUACCGGCAGAGGACACAGCGCAGCCCUGUCCGGGGCUGCACGGAGCUGUACCGCGGGGAGCCCAUCUGCGUGAAAGUUGAAUCAAACGUUGCAAAGAGCUGUCGCGAGCUCCCGCGCCAGGAGGACAUUGACCGGGGGUCCUUCAGGGGGCGGGGGGCUGGGUUGAAACAGGGGCCGCGGCAGCGCAGGACCCAAAACGAAACUGAGAUUUUUAGUCAACCGUCGUACUCGGCCUUCAGCGGCCCCUGUUUCGACCCGUCUGUCCCUCACACCCGCCGCGGAGACGGACCCGUCUGUUCCGUCUCCGCGGCGGGUGUGAGGGACCUACCGGAGCCUCCGGAGCGCCGGGCCCCAGCUCGCAGGAGCCCCGACAGUACAGCUGUCUGCGGGGUGUACCAAAAAUCAAGCUCAGCACCCCAGCCCCACGGCGCGCUCGCACCCCACGAGGAGGAGGAGGAGGCGCGAGAUGCAGGGGGUAGACGUUCCGAGCGGAGCUGCAGGAGCGCCGGCGGUGGGCGGCGUGAGGGAGCGAUCUGGCUGCGGAGCGCGUAUAUAACCCGCAUCGCGGCUCCCAGCCCGAGUCGGAGGCGCAGACCCGGGAACGAGCAGGCUCCCCGGCUCGUGACAGCACGCCUCCUCCCUCGAGCUCGUCGCGCGCUGUGGUGGCAAGUGUGCGUCGGGGACAUUUGGAGAAAACAGCAGAACGGGCACACAGAACACACCUCGGCGCCCGGAGCUGCUGCCUUCAGACAGCUGGAUCUCCGUACUCUGUGGCGCUGUGCUCCUGUCCCGCUGGACGAGUGCCAGUGUGGUUCCCCUGCGAUGCCACGGCUGACCUCCUGCAUCCCGGGAGUCCUGAUGCUGACGGCCUGGGCCUGUGUGGCCGCUGAUCCAGUGAGAGCGGGGGAUCCGGGCCUGUCGCCCCCUGCCUGGCCCCGGGUGCAGUACUGCGUGCUCAUGCACCGCGCCAACAUCACGUGUUACUGGGAGCCCGGAGAGGAGCCCCACCUGAACACCACCUACACACUGAACGUUGACGAGGCGAGGGGUCAGUGUGACAGCAUCUUUGAGAAGGGGCUGAGGGAGCAGUGCACACCUCUGGCGGGUCAGUGGCACUGCACAGUGUCCGGCGGCGAGAUGUACAACUACUACAUAGUGACCGUGACGGCCCGGGACGCCAGGGGCAGCGCUACCUCCCCGCGCCUCUGUCUGUGGAACGAGUCAGGUACGGGUGGGAAAACGCCUCGCCGGGCUCGGCAAGCGGACCUGGGCCUGCAGACGUCCAGCAGCGCCACCCUGUGCCUCUUCUCCCCCUUCACCCGCUACUCCGUCCAGCUGCGGACCCGCUUCCACGGCAACAGCCGCCACUGGAGCGAGUGGAGCUCGGCGCUGGAGACCCGGACAGAGGAGGCUGCCCCUGCGGUCGGGCCUCAGCUCUGGAGACGGGAGGGGGCCGUGAGCGCAGACGGCCGGCGCCGGGUGACCCUGCAGUGGAAGCCCCUGCUGCAGAGCCAGGCUAACGGCAAGAUCCUGGGGUACAAUGUGACGUGCUGCUGGGGGGGCGCCCCCCAGGGGCAGGAGCAGCAGGAGUGCGGGGUCCUGCCCCCUCAGCGCACUUCCUGUGUCCUGGUGCUGCCCGCGCCGCUCUGCUCCUGCUCGCUCUCCGCCUUCAACGCCGCAGGCCACUCCCCCCCGGCCCGGAUCGCCCUCCCGGACGCCGGAGAGAGGGUGCUCCCGCCCCCUAUGGCUCUGACUGUUACCCCAUUGGAUGACAGCAGCCUGAGUGUAAGAUGGACACCUCCACUCAGCCAAUCGGUGACCGGCUUCGUUGUGGAGUGGUGCCCACUGUCUGAAGUGACCCCCUGUGUGCCACACUGGCUCAGGCUGGCCGGCAAUGUCACCGAGACUGUCAUCACAGAGGCCGUGGAGCCGCGGGUGCGCUACAAUGUGUCGGUGCGGGCUCUGCGCCAGGGGCGGGGAGGGGCAGCGCUGUCCUUGCCAGCCUACAGCCGACAGGGAGCGCCCUCUGCUGGCCCCCGGCUGCGCGUCACGGACACCUGGAUUGGCGGCGUGGCUCUGCAGUGGGAUCCCAUUCCCAUCCACCUCCGGCACGGAUUCAUCCGCAACUACACCGUGUGCUACUGCGGCGCGGACAACAGGACCCAGCAGGACGGGAUGAGCCCUGUGGUGACGACCAGCCUGUACUGCGUAGCUCUGCUCCUCCUCGGUGUCUUCGGGCUCCUGGCCUGCCUGCACCUCCGCCACAGGAUAAAGAAGCAGCUCUGGCCAGUUGUCCCUGACCCUGCAAAUAGCAGUCUGGCCUCCUGGACCCCAAAAAAGCUCCUGAAGGACUUCAGGGACUCUUGCUGUCAGCCCCAGGGCCUCUGCGUGCUGCAGGGCGAGGGCGACAGGCGGCCAGCGGCUGUCCUGGCCCUGCGGGGUGACCCGGGCGUCUCCGAGGAGCUGGCCCUGCUGCCCGAGGCCCCGGCGCCGUGCCCGCAGGCCGAGCCGGGCUACGUGGACUACUCCAUGGUCAUGAACCACACGUACAGGGGCUCCCCGUCCGCCGGCUGGCCGGGGCCCCCCGCGGAGCCACCCCCGCACCCCUACGCCAACACCUCCCCGGCCGAGACCGCCCUGCGCCCGCCCCCCGCGGCCCCCCAGGGGGAGGAGGACCCCUCCGUGCUGGAGGCCCUGACCACCUUCCCCCUGCUCCUCCAGCUCAUCCUGCAGGGCGGCCGCCCCGACGCGGACCUGCCGGGCCUGCAGGACCUGCGGCCCCUGAACUGGGCCGGCCCUCCGCACGACGCCUGA